AACAUGUUUUAUGGCCCAAGCUAUUUUCUGUUUUUCUUUCUUUGCUUGCACGUUGUGCUCUCAACGACCUCCGUUCUCCUCCAUUACAAAAACCAACCAAAUCUCCGAAGCCUCUUCAACCUUCUGUCUCUGCAUACAUUUCUCCAACUCCGGCACUCUGUAAAUUCUCUAGAGAUUCAAUGGCAGAUUCUCUCAUUCUCUGCGCCACCCUCGUAGCCAAUGUCUUCAGAUUUUGUUAGCGUAUCAUUGCCUUCACAAAUUCGUCCAAGAUUCUUUCAAUCUAGCUGCUCUUGCAUCAGGGCUUGUUUUUCUUAUGAUUUUAAACAUUAACUGUCUGAUUUUUCAAUCACCUUCUAUUACGGGUCCUCGUGACAGCGUGGUUCUGAGCAUGAAUUUUUGAGUUCGAUUCAACAUGUAGAUUGUGCAGUUAUUUUGAUUUCUUGUCCUUAGGGGUGCUGCUAAUGAUGCUGCUCAUAUGAUUUGAAAGUUGAAGACUUUUUGAGCUCGAUGGUGGUUUUCAUGUUUGCCGAUUUCGAUGUGAUGAUGGUUCGAUUUAUAUGGUCCUUGGAUUGAUUCUAUAAUGGGUCUCGAGUUAUAUAUGGAAAGUUGGACUCUUUUGGAUCCUGCGACUGAUAUUUUGUUUAACAUAGGACGCGUUUUUUACAAGUUGUGGAUGAUUGAGAUGGUGAAUAGUUUUAAUGAAUAUGACUGAGAUGAUGACUAGUUUCAAUAGGAGUGUAUCCUUCAAACGCAGUGCGUCACUCGGCCGGAGGGCCCCGAGUGUCACAAGCCCAAGGGUCCGGCGGUUGAGCUGGGUCUCCCGCAAAUUUCAUGUUCUUGUGGUGAUUGGGUCUUUGAUUUCAUUCAUCAUAGCAAUUGGUUGCGGUUAUCUGUUUCUCCUCCCAAGUUUCAGCCAGGCUUUUCAUGACUAUGAUACAUCCAAAUUUAAUGGUACGUUUAGUAGUUGCAAUGUUUUUAAUGGAAGUUGGGUGCAGGAUGAUAGUUACCCAUUGUACAAUGCUACGGAAUGUCCCUUUGUUGAACAAGGAUUCAAUUGCUUGGGAAAUGGGCGGAAUGAUAAAGAUUAUCUGAGAUGGAGGUGGAAGCCCAAGACUUGUGAUAUUCUGAGGUUUAAGGUGCGGAAUGUAUUAGAAAAGUUUAGAAACAAAAGAGUUGUUUUUGUUGGUGAUUCUAUGAGCCGAACACAGUGGGAGUCUCUGAUAUGCUUGCUUAUGACAGGUGUAGAGAAUAAGACAAGUGUCUACGAAAUGAAUGGGAAUAAGAUUACAAAGCAGAUUAGAUUUUUAGGUGUUCGGUUUAGUUCCUUCAACUUUACUAUCGAGUUCUUCCGUUCAGUUUUCCUGGUGCAGCAGGGUUGGAUGCCUAAACAUGCACCAAAGAGGGUCAAGUCCACGCUUAAAUUGGACAAGUUAGAUAACAUUAGCACCCAUUGGAUUAACUCAGAUGUUCUCAUAUUCAACACAGGACAAUGGUGGGUGCCAGGGAAGCUUUUUGAAACUGGUUGUUAUUUCCAGGUUGGAAACUCUUUAAAGCUUGGAAUGCCAAUUCUCACUGCCUUCAGAACUGCACUAGGCACUUGGGCAUCAUGGGUUGAGAAAAAUAUCAACACAAAUCGAACACAAGUCUUCUUUCGAACUUUUGAGCCGUCUCACUGGGGUGAUCAAACUCGUAGGAUUUGUAAUGUGACCCAGAACCCACUAUCAGAAGCUAGAGGAAGAGACCAAAGUCUAUUUUCAGACACUGUAUUGGAGGUGGUAAAGAAUAUGAAAGUUCCAAUAACUGUUCUGCACAUAACUUCCAUGUCAGCUCUGCGAAGUGAUGCACACGUGGGUAACUGGAGUGACAGCCCAUUUACACCUGAUUGUAGCCACUGGUGUCUACCAGGAGUACCUGAUGUGUGGAAUGAAAUUAUCCUCUCAUACCUUCUUACCGACUAAGUACAUUUCUGGUGAGUAGCUUCCGUUGUUUAGGUCCAUGCCAGCACGAUUUUUGACAGUCCCACUCCAUACAAUGGCUACCAAAGUGGAUUUUCUGGCACCAGUUUUCUCUUUCUGCAAGUGAAUUGUCUAUGGUGUCUCAUCUCAGAAGCCAGAAAAGUUGAAUUACAGUUACUCAUGCUGAAGUUUCUUUUCUGUUAUUAUCUUUUAUUCUGCGGCAGCCAGCACCAAACGGUCCCAAAAUUCUCAAAAAGUUUAGAGUUACACGGAGGAUAUAGUUUUGUAACAGGCACUGAUAUUUUCAUUCUUUUGGCGAUUCUUCUAUCUUUAGAGGGGCUAAAAGUUUCUCUGAGAUAUAACAAUUUUGUUCAUAUCUAUUCAUUAAUCGCCUUAUAUUGCAAUGAAAUCUUUCUUUAAACGGAAGAAAUAAAGGAAGAGAUUGACCA